UCUGUUCCAAAUUAACAUUUGUGUUCAUAUUUGAAGUUAAUAUUGAAUUAAUUGGUCAAGAUGGAGGACACGAAGCCCUUCUACGACUUUAGCAUACCCUAUAACAAGAAUGCCACGGUUAUACGGGCCAUACUGAACGAAUUGGUCGAGUUGGGCUACAAGACAAUUGCUAUUGAACAGAGCUUUGAUCAUAGCAAGAAGGACGCUGUAAAACGCGGUUCCGAAAUGUUCCCCGAGCCAUACAAUAUUGAAAAUUUGCGCAAUGAAUUCAAAGACAAACUAAAGAUUUUGCAGCGCCUGAACAUUUUGUAUGUAGACGCCAAUGUUUCGCAUGCAAUGAGUGUGUCACUUAAUCUCCGCAAAUUUAAUUUAAUUGCUGGACAACCGAAAACCGAUGCUGCAUUAACGCACUGCUGCACUACCUUUAAUGGUGAUAUUAUCACAUUUGAUCCAGUGGCUGGCUCAAAAUUGUUGGUGAAUCGUAAAUCCCUUCAAGUAGCUGUGCGCCGUGGUAUGUUCUUUGAAAUUAAAUAUGCGCCGGCCAUUGCAGACUCCAAUAAUCGUAAGGACAUGAUAAAAGUGGCGCAAAACUACUGCACCAAGGGCAAAUCGAAGAACAUUAUUUUUAGCAGUGGUGCUCUUCACGAGUUCCAGUUGCGUGGACCCUACGAUGUGGCCAAUCUUGCAUAUAUUUUUGGCCUGUCGGCGGAUCAAGGUAAAAAUGCAAUCGACCGUUUUUGCCGACAACUCUUUCUACGUGCUGAAUCUCGUCGCUUGGGGAAAACCAUAAUGUUUGUUAAAGGAAAAGGACCUAUUGUUUACUCAGAUAGUUCAGAUGAAGGCGAAGACGAUGAUGUACAAAUGGAUGAAAUUGAACCUAUUAUCACUGAACCAGCAACCGAAGAUGAACAAGAAAUCGAGAAUUACCAGCCAAAUAAAAAAAGACUGAAGGUGUUAGAGUAG